GCGGGUGGCUGGGAGGAGGUGCUGGGUGGAGCUGUCACCGCCACCGGGGCAGAGGGGAGAGGGCGGCCACUGCGUGGGAUCUGCCAGGUGUCACGCAGCGACGCUUACCGAUGGAGAACUAACACGCGGCGGUCAGCACGCAGACGGGAGAAGGGACAACGAAGAGGAGGGCGGGCGAGGAGGGGAGCGAUGGAGCACGCCAAGCUCGUGCUGCUGGGAGAGCAGAACGUGGGGAAGACCAGCCUGCUGCACCGUCUCGCCACCAACACCUUCCAGCCGUUCGAGGAGCCCACUGUGGGAGCGGCCUACACAAGCCAUGUGGUGCACUUGGACGACACGGCGGUGAAGUUUGAGAUAUGGGACACUGCCGGGCAGGAGCGCUACCACAGCCUGGCGCCCAUGUACUACCGCGGGGCACAGGCUGCCAUUGUCGUCUACGACAUCACCAGGAAGGAUACGUUUGUAAGAGCUCAGGAGUGGGUGAAAGAGCUGCAGAGGAGGGGUCCUCCACGCAUCGUAAUUGCGCUCGCUGGUAACAAGGCAGACCUGGAAGCUAAGAGGGACCUGGAAACCGAGGCUGGCAAGCAGUAUGCAGAGGACCUGGGACUCCUCUUCAUGGAGACUUCGGCCCUCACUGCCAUGAACGUGCAGGAUGUUUUCCAUGCCCUGGCCAGCAAACUGCCCAGGAGCUCUCAAGAAGACUCGCAGAGACUCCAGUCGAACAACGCUAUCCGUUUAGAGCAAACGGUGGAAUCGGCAGCCGAGCCAGAGAGUAGUCCUUGCUGUUGACUCUAAUUCACGUAGAGAGCAUCAAACAACACAAACGUGCACAUUUUUUUAAAAACAAAUUUAAGUAUGGCCAACAUUACAAUUGACGGACUGUGGAUUUUCUAAAUCAACAUUACAUUUUAAAAAAAUGUUUUGAUAAAUAUUGCUUUUCGAAACAAUUUUAGCAGAGCAUCUGCAAUGCAACGCGUAUGAAUCUGUAAAGUUUUUUGUGAGCGACGUUGUACAGUGUGUAUGUGGCUUACGUGUGCGGGCAUCAAUUGUUGCGUUGACCGUGGCGAGUAAAAAAAAUAAAUAAAUUGCUUGAAACAUUAAAA